AUGACUUCAACCUCUAAAAACAACAACCAACACAAUAAUAUUGUGAUGAACAUCUCAUGUAAUAACAAUAACAAUAACAACAAUAAUAAUACAACUUUUGUCCAAGCUGAUUCCUCUAACUUCCGUUCCGUGGUCCAAAAACUCACUGGUUUUGAAUCCAACAAGCUCCCCAUCAUCGAUCGAGCCCGGUCAUCGACCUUCAAGUUACACGAACGGAGGCAUAGUACAAGAAAUCUUGACUGUAUUUUUACAGGUAAGACGACGAAUUUGUCGAAAAUUAGUAGUAGUUUUCUUGCAUCUCCAGUUUCACCUCUUGAAAUGCUGACACGUGGAAUAAGUCCAAGAUCAACCAUGGAGGAGGAUGAAGAAGAAGAAAAAAGAGCUAUAGCUGAGAAAAGAUUUUACUUGCAUCCUAAUACUCCUAGAGCCUCUCAACCACCUCAACUCCUAUCUCUAUUUCCUCUUCAAUCUCCUAAAUCCACACAUCAUUCAUAA